GCCCCCAAACGGUGUAUAAACCACACCGGGGAAUUACGCACGGGUGGCGUGGAUUACGUUGAGUUCUAACAUUUUUCCUUCUCUGGAAAGUCAGUUGGACGCACUUUUAGAACCACCGGCCGACGUACAUUGAAGAGACAACUCUAAAGGUCUCAAUGAAAAGCCGUUACUCGCACAAAGACUAAUCACGGCAGUGGAAGAGGAUGGCCGUCCACGCCGAGGGGAUCGUGGCUAUAGUGAUCUUCUACUUGCUGAUUCUGGGCGUGGGGAUAUGGGCCGCGUGGAAGAACAAGAACUCAGGGGUGUCGGAGGGCCAGGACCGCAGUGAAACCAUCAUGGUGGGCGGGAGGGACAUUGGGUUGUUUGUCGGUGGAUUCACUAUGACCGCUACAUGGGUAGGCGGCGGCUACAUCAACGGGACGGCGGAGUAUGUCUACCUGCCUGACUUCGGCCUGGCCUGGGCACAGGCUCCCUUCGGAUACGCCCUCAGUCUGGUAGUAGGUGGCCUGUUCUUCGCCAAGCCCAUGCGCUCCCGGGGAUACGUCACCAUGCUGGACCCGUUCCAGCAGAUAUACGGGAAGCGUAUGGGGGGGCUGCUCUUCAUUCCGGCGCUUAUGGGGGAGAUUUUCUGGUCCGCUGCCAUCUUGUCAGCGCUGGGAGCUACUCUGAGUGUGAUCGUGGACAUUGACAUCAACAUGUCAGUGGUGAUCUCAGCCCUGAUAGCUAUCUUCUACACCCUUGUGGGAGGGCUGUACUCUGUAGCCUACACUGACGUGGUCCAACUCUUCUGUAUCUUCCUGGGACUGUGGGUCAGUGUGCCAUUUGCCCUGUCCAACCCAGCGGUGUCAAGCAUCAGUGUGACAGCUAAAGAGGCUGUGUACCAGACACCCUGGCUGGGUAAGAUAGACUCAGCAGACACCUGGAUGUGGAUCGACAACUUCUGUCUUCUGAUGUUGGGGGGGAUACCGUGGCAGGUGUAUUUUCAACGGGUUCUCUCUGCCUCUUCAGCUACCUACGCCCAGGUACUGUCCUUUAUUGCUGCCGCAGGCUGCCUGGUCAUGGCUGUCCCCUCCGUUCUCAUAGGAGCUAUAGGAGCCUCCACAGACUGGAACCAGACUACAUAUGGGGCAAUUCCUCCUAAAGAGAAGGACCAAUCAGAUAUGAUCCUGCCCAUCGUGCUGCAGCACUUGUGCCCACCCUGGAUCUCCUUCUUUGGUCUGGGAGCGGUGUCUGCUGCUGUGAUGUCAUCAGCUGACUCCUCCAUUCUAUCUGCCAGUUCCAUGUUCGCCAGAAACAUCUACCAGCUGGCCUUCAGACAAUCUGCGACAGACCGUGAGAUCGUGUGGGUGAUGCGUAUCACCAUCUUUGUGUUCGGCGCUCUUGCCACCGCCAUGGCGUUGCUAACGGGGACCGUGUAUGGCCUGUGGUACCUGAGCUCCGACCUGGUGUAUGUUAUCAUCUUCCCCCAGCUGCUCAGCGUGCUCUUCAUCAAGGGAACCAACACGUACGGCUCGGUGGCCGGCUAUGUCUUUGGUCUGCUGCUGCGUAUCGGGGGAGGAGAACCCUACCUCAAACUACCCCCCUUUAUCUACUACCCCGGCUGGGUGCAACAGGAGAAGAUCCACCAUCUGACUGGAGACGUGGAGUACUUCAUCCAGCAGCGCUUCCCCUUUAAAACGGUCUCCAUGCUGGCCUCCUUCCUGGGUAACGUGGCCUUCUCCUACCUGCUCAAGUACCUGUUUGAGUCUGGGACUCUGUCUCAUAAGUAUGACUUCAUGGAUGCUGUGGUGUCCAAACACAGUAAGGAGAUCAUGGACAAGACCACGCUGGUCAGUAGUGACAACAUCAUCCUGUCGGAGAUGGAGCCGGUCAAAACGCGCCUCAGCAAUGCACUGGCCGGGACAUUUACGAACACAGAGGCUCUCAGUGACGAUGAGGAGUCCAGCCCCGAGUCCUUAAACAACGACCAUGAGUAGAGACCAGGAAGUAGAGACCAGGAAGUAGAGACCAGCAAGUAGAGACCAGCAAGUAGAGACCAGCAAGUAGAGACCAGGAAGUAGAGACCAGGAAGUAGAGACCAGGAAGUAGAGACCAGGAAGUAGAGACCAGGAAGUAAAGACCUGGACCAAGACCCAGAGCCAGACCUGGACCCAGAACCAAGUAGAGCCAAGGUCAGGGGUGGCUAGCCUUCCUGGAGAGAUACCAUCCUGCAGAUCCUUUCUCCUGCUCUAACAUACCUGAUGCUAUUAAUCAGCUGCUCAACAGGAUCUUAAACAGCUUAACCAGGUGUGCUAUAGUAGGGCUGGAGAAAAAGCCUGCAUGUCCCAAUAGCUCUCCAACAGAAGGGUUAGCCAGCCCUGAUAUGGAGCCUUUACUGAGACCCAGAGCAGGUCUGUCUAGCCAUCCAACCCUCUCGUGUUCUCAUCAUAUCAACCACUGACUGACUCUCUGUAAAUCAAACACCACCGCCAUUUUAGUUUUCGGAUUUCAGUGCCUGGUCAUGGCUGUCCCCUCUGUCCUCAUAGAAUCCUUAAAUUCUUAGUCUUAAAUUUCUUAGGUGGUUUUUUACUGUCAGAUUUUGUCAGAUUUUGUUUUUUACUGUCAGACUGUCAGUACACACACACACACAGUCAUGCACACACACAAACACUUCCUCAUUGAGUUAAUUAAACAUUACAAGACGUUUUGUUCAAAUAUCCAUGAAUGCACACAUUAUUUACUAAAGGAAAGUAUGAUAAAAAAAACAGGCAACCAACAGGCAGGAUACAGUGGGAUGUAAACAACACCAGACGGCUCCUGUCAUACAGUACGGAGAAUAAUUCAUUAGGAGAUGUGACUUCUGUGAAUAUUACAUCAGAAAGAAGACUAAUUAAUUAGGUUGAUCUGAAGAUUCUUCAUCAAAGUCAUCUUUAAUCGACAGCUGUUUGAUGAGGUCCAGAGGAGAGAGGGAAAUGGUCCAUCUAGCCAUCCAACCCCCUCGUGUUCUCAUCAUAUCAACCACUGUCUGUAAAGCAAACACCACCGCCAUUUUAGUUUUUGGUUUUCAGUGCUGCUACAGUAAAUUGAGUUCAUGUAAAGGUAAGUAUAACUGAUCUUGGUUAACCCAGAAUUGAAAUCUUGGUUAAAUUCUGUGUCUAUAUGUGUUAGAAAUUGAGAGUUUUCGGUUUGCGAAGCCAAAGCACACAUGCGAAGCAGUAGAAGCGAAGCAGUUUAAGCACCGCCUUUUCCCUUUUCCUGAUACAUUCAAAUAACCAGUGACGAAAACCCAAACACUGGAACUACUGCUGCUUGUUGUCCAAUGCAUCCAAUCCCUUCACAAAAGAUUCUACGGUUCAUGCGCAGAUAUCUGUCCACAAGAGUUUACAGAUAACUGUCUGUCUGUCUCACUAGGGAGGUCUGAGAGGGACGCCAGCCCAGAGGGUGAGGAGAAUAGUGCAAUAUUUAAGUGUGUGUUUGUGCGUUUGUGUGUGUUUGUGCAAAUUCAUUACCAUUAGGUAUGUGUGUCGGAAGGUAAUCUUUCAAUUAUUUCCUAGUUUACUUAUAAUUAAUUCACUAAUAGAGCAAUAAUGAUUUUAGAGUCCAUGCUGUACAUAGACCUAGAUAUGAAUAUCAGUCAUUCAAAACCGUUGAUUGUUUUUUAAUUAUUGAGAUCAAAUAGAUUUCAAGCUCUUUUUAAAUUGUGCGCUCUUAAUCCAAUUUACACACAAUCACCAGGUACAGGUUAAAAUAUUCAGUACUAACAUUAUUUUCAUAGUAACUGGAUUUGAACAGGGUUGAAAAGACAAACCCAAAUUCUGUUCCAUGUUGUCCAUGUGCCAAAAUGUUCCUCUCUGCAGGUGUAGAAGUUCAAUACUGUGUUGUUGUGUUGGAGGGGAACGCUUGCUUUAUUUCACAGUCCUAUAUCAGAUUAUAAGUGCCAGGUUUUACUGAGAAACUAAAGUAUGUGUUAGUAAUAUAGGUGAACAAGCCUUUAAUGCUUUAUUAAUGGGUGUACUGAUUGAAAUUGGACCUAGCUGUGGCUUUAGGUCAUCUGCAUCCUGAAAUUACACCCUAUUACCUACAUAGUGCACUACUUUUGGACAGAGCCACAUAAUGUUGGGUAGUGCACUACUUUUGGACAUAGCCACAUAAGGUUGGGUAGUGCACUACUUUUGGCCAGAGCCACAUAAGGUUGGGUAGUGCACUAAAGUGUAGUUUAUAUAGGUAAUAAGGUGCCAUUUGAGAGUGGCCCCAUGAUGGUUUGUUCCCCUCUAAACUGUCAUUGACUGCAGAGCGGCAGGGGGGCUUGUGGAGGCUGAGUUGUGAUUGCCCCUCCAGGGAUUGUAUCAAUAACCCGUUGGCAGGAUCAAUUAAAUUCUGCUCUGUCCACUCUGUCCAUCUGCCCUGAGGACAUUUGAUUAGUGUUUUUUAGCUGGUUGUGAGCUGAGACAGGAAAAUAACAGCACUGGUUGUUUUGGUGUCAGUGGUUGUAGUGAUUGGAAGCAGAGCUGGUCCUAUGCUGAGUGAAUUAGCUACCUAUCUGUUAUCACAGUUAUUACAGUUUGAUGGGUGAACACUGAGGAAGGUCUGUUGACCAAAACGUUGGUCAGAGAAAACAGAUUUGAGAUUGUGAUGGAAAUUGCAGUUGUUACUUGAUGUUGUUGAGUAUUUCUGUUCUCUGGUUGACUCCUCUUACUGUAUUUGCUGGUAAAGUCUGCUGGUGUUUACAGUCUUAAGUUAUAGUUUGAAUCUGUUGAAUUAUGGCCUUAAUUUGGGUAGUAUUGGGAGCUGGUCUGAUGCUAUUCUAAGUGUCAGAGUGGAUUUGUGUGUCCAGGCAAUCUGUACAAAAUGUGGAUGUAAAGUCUCCUCUCCUUCACCAAGGAGUCUGACUCUGUGCUGUUUUAUCUUUUAUCACUGGAAAAAAUAGCAUUGUUUAAACUAAAGAAUAAGAAACAUAAUCAUGUCAGUUGCUCGACUGGCUAUACUAAAUGUGCUUCUAUGUUGUAAAUGGCAAUGUAUAUUUUUGUGUGAUACAUGUACUGUAUAUACCAACAAAGUCAGCAUAUGAACAAAUGGAACAUACUUUUUAAUGCAACGUUAGAAAUGAUUUUGGUGAGGAGAAAUAAAAGCUAAGAAUUUAUUUAUUAUUUAUGCAGUGUCCAUAAAAAUGAUGGUGAUGAAUAUGUGAGGUAAAUAAAUUAUAUUAUUUAGCUUA